UGACCAAUAAAUUUGGUUUCCGGUUUUUCGCCGUGUUGAGUUGUGUGGUGUAAUUUCCAAUCAAUACAAUUCUGCUGUACUUUUUACUUCUUUUUUACUUCAUAUAGACAGUUAAAUGCCACCAAAGAAAAAACCAAAUGAACCCAGUAAAAAGACCGAAGCGAAAAAAAAGGAUAAGAUAAUUGAGGACAAAACUUUUGGAUUGAAAAAUAAGAAGGGGGCCAAGCAGCAAAAGUUCAUUCAAAAUGUCACCAAGCAAGUUGUGCAUGGGAAUCAAAAGUCUAGUCGCCUUGAGGCCCAGCAAAUGGCUGAAAAAACAAACAAAAAGGAUGAAAAGAAAAAGUUACAAGAAGAAAUAAAUGCACUUUUUAAACCUGUUUCACAGACAGUUGCCAAAGGUGUCGAUCCCAAGUCCGUACUUUGUGCAUUUUUCAAACAAGGCCAGUGUACUAAAGGAGAUAAAUGCAAAUUUUCCCAUGACUUAACAAUUGAGCGCCGUGGAGAAAAAAGGAAUAUCUAUGAAGACAAAAAAGAUACCAUGGAGAACUGGGAUGAGGCCAUGCUUGAAGAUGUUAUCAACCAGAAACAUGGUGAAAGUGAUAAAGCUAAACUCAAAACUGCUAUUAUUUGCAAAUUUUUCCUUGAUGCUGUUGAAAGCAAUAAGUACGGUUGGUUCUGGGAAUGUCCAAAUGGUGCUAAAUGUAUCUACAGACAUUGUUUACCACCAGGUUUUGUUUUGAAAAAAGAUCAGAAGAAAGAUGACAAAGAUGAUCAGAUAUCAAUAGAAGAUUUGGUGGAGACAGAGAGAGCUGCAUUGGGUGUAAAUGUUACAAAAGUAACAUUAGAAUCUUUUCUUAUUUGGAAGGAGAGGAAGAAACGAGAAAAGAUUGAGAAGCACAUAUUAGAUCAGGAGAAGAAGAAAGCUGACUACAAGGCUGGGCGAACAGUUGGAAUCAGUGGUCGUCAGAUGUUUGAGUUCAAUCCUGAUCUUGUUCUUGCUGAUGACGAUGAAGCCCAAGAGGGUGAAAUUGAAAGGGAAAGAGAGGAAGAUGAAGAAGAAAGCUUGAAGGUUGUUGAGAUUAGAGAUGACCAGUGGGUCGCAGUAGAAGUGGACAAUACAGGGACACAAGCUGCUGAUGACAGACUUGAAAGUUUGAAGUCCAUGUUACAUAUACAACAAACAGCUGCCCGUGAAGAAUCAAGUAAAUUGGAUGAAGCAGCUGCCCUUUCAUCAACUUCUGACUCUCGACUCCAGGAGGAAACAGAUGCUGCGAUAGCUGCUGCAGUUAGUGCCACAGUAAAUGGAGGCAUUGACAUUGAUGAAGACUUGUUUGCGGGGGAUGAUAUAGAUUUGAUAGAGGAAGAUUUAGAAACUUUAGAACUUGAAGACACGCCAGGGGCAUUGUGAUCCAGGCCCAACCCAGUGUUGUUAGUGUUUGUUUAAAUGUCUGUCUGUUCUUCUCUCCAAAUGCUUUUACAACAGUGAACUCUUUCUAGCCUUGGCUGCUUGUUUUAUUUUAUUGUCAUUCAGGUCUAACUUCCAAUAAGUUAAAGUGUAACAUACUGAUGUCAAAACCCAGUUUAUCUCAAAGCUUGUAGUUAAACCACAAUGCAAAAAGUAUUUUUAAGAUAUAAAUUUGAAAGUGCUUGAUCAUUUGGUUUUCAUUUUUGUUUAUUGACUUUAAAAGUAUCCUGGGUUGUUAGACAUGAUUUCUGUUGUAAAUUCACCAAUUAGGUUUUACGGGAACUGUAAUUUCAUUUAGUACUUAGUGGUGGAGUUAGUAGUAUCUACACUUUGAUGAAAUUUGUUUGAAGGGUUUAAUGAGCCACUGUAUAAAGCUUCAAAUUGGUUUGCUUGAUUAUGUGAAAACCCUCCAUUUGGUCCUGAGUUGCUUCAUAAAUUAAAAGAUUUAUUGAUUGAAAUUUU